UUGGGGUCGCUAAGGAGUUUGUGGCUAAGACAGCGCGUGUGCUUUGAUACGGACCAUUGGAAUUGUGGGUGUCUGCGGGCGGAGUUUGUGCCGGCUCGGUGAGGUGCGGCGUGAGAUUCUAAACAGAUGUUUCAAGUGGCUGUGCCCUUACCCAUGUCUGAGCUUCCACACUUCCAUCAUGAUGUCCUUAUGUGGGUGACGAGGAUCCCAACCUGGAGCCUGGAUCCAACACUGAAAGGCCCAUAACUUCUGGUCCUCACCACCUCUCCAGCAGUGAAGGUCCCCAAUGUCAUCCUGUGGACCCAGCAUACCCAGUUGAAGGAGGCUCCAAGAGAUAACAGAAAUGGGUCGUCACCAGAGUCUGAUAACUUUCAAAGACGUGGCUAUAGAGUUUUCCCAGGAGGAGUGGGAAUGCCUGGACUCUGGACAGAGGACUUUGUAUAGAGAUGUCAUGUUGGAGAUCUACAGCAUCCUGGUCUCUGUGGGCCUUUCGGUAUCAAAACCAGAGCUACUCACCUGUCUUGAACAAAAGGAAGAACUCUCCUUUGCAAAAGACAUAGAGCCAGCCCAGUCUUGCUUUCAUAACAAGGAACUGUUCAAAAUAGAGAGCCAACAGGAAUCUGUCCAGAGAGAAGGAUCAGGAAAAUUUGGAAGGAAGAGCCUUGGAGAGCUACAUGUAAAUCUACCUUAUGACAGAGACUGCAUUGUAAAUCAACAUAAGACUGUGGAUGUGAAUCCAGUAGGACAUGAAAGACAUCAUCAGAUGAGUAUUUCUGAAUAUCCCCACAGAUAUCAUGAGGAUAAUAAAGGCCUUACCAUGAACCUGGAUAAUAAACACAAGAAUCAGUUUACAGAGAUUACUUACCAAGGUAAUGACGUCUGGGAUAUCUAUAAACAUGAUAUAACUCCUAGUGAUGAUCAGAUAAAUAAUUGUUUUCUGGAGAAUUGUUACAAUAAUGAUGGAUGUAGGGUUGUCUCUGGAAAGUGCACACAGUCACCUUUGCACCAGCAGAACUAUAGCCAAGAGAAGCUAUCCACAAGCAAUCAGCAGGGUAAAAUUUUAAAUCGGUCCUCAAAUUGUAGUCAUUGUACUGACAUUAGGGCUGGCAGAGAAGUUAACAGACAGAGAUAUGAUAAGUACAGCAAAGUCUGUAUCAAAUCAUCAAGCAUUGAUUGGGAUAAGGUAAAUAAUAUUCAAAGAAAACCAUGCCUGUUUAUGGGAAGUGAUAAAUCCUUCGAUUUCUAUUUAAAUAUGACUCAAAAUGAUUCAAGCCACACUAGAGAGAAACCUCAGAAAUACAAAGUGUAUAGACCAGAGUUUACCCCUCCUUCGAAACUUGUUGGGAAUCCAAGAUCAUUUGUUCAACAAAAAUAUAGGAAAUCCGGGAAGUGCUUCAGGAGUUCCUCCAGCCUCACUAGAAUUAAGAUGCUUCAAGCUGGCGAGACACCAUGCAAAUUUACAGAAUGUGGAAAGUCCUUUUCUCAGUUCUCAAGCCACAGAGAAAAUUAUACAAUCCAUAAUGGAGAAAAACCUUAUAAAUGUAAAAUAUGUAAAAGGUCCUUUACCACGGGCUCAUAUCUGCAAGCUCAUCAGAGAAUCCACACUGGCGAGAAACCAUACAGAUGUAAAGAAUGUGACAAGUCCUUUACUCAUGGCUACUCUCUUCAAGUCCAUCUAAGGCUUCAUACUGGAGAGAAACCUUACAAAUGUACAGAUUGUGGCAGGUCUUUUGCUGAGGGGUCAACUCUUAAAUCCCACCACAGAAUCCAUACUGGAGAGAAACCCUACAAAUGUAAAGAAUGUGGAAAGUCCUUUGCCAAACGAUCAAAUCUUCAAGCUCAUAGCAGAAUUCAUACUGGAGAUAAGCCUUACAAAUGUAUGGAUUGUGGUAAGUCCUUUACCAGCAGCUCAUGUCUUCGAACACAUUAUAAAACCCACACUGGAGAGAAAUCUUAUAAAUGUAAAGAAUGUGGCAAGUCCUUUACCCAGUACUCCCAUCUUCAAACCCACUACCGAAUUCAUACUGGAGAGAAACCUUAUAUAUGUACAGAUUGUGGUAAGUCCUUUUCUAAUAGCUAUUCUCUUCAAAGGCAUCACAAAACCCAUACGGGAGAGAAGUCUUAUAAAUGUAAAGAAUGUGGCAAGUCCUUUUCCCAGGGCUCACAUCUUCAAGCCCACCACAGAAUACACAGUAGAAAGAAACCUUGCAAGUGUAAAGAAUGUGGCAAGUCUUUUGCAGAGGGCUCAACUCUUAAAACCCACCACAGAAUCCAUACUGGAGAGAAACCCUACAAAUGUAAAGAAUGUGGCAAAUCUUUUACUGAGGGCUCAACCCUUAAAGCCCACCACAGAAUCCAUACUGGAGAGAAACCUUACAAAUGUAAAGAAUGUGGCAAAUCUUUUACCAUGGCCUCAGCUCUUAAAAUUCAUUACAGAAUCCACACUGGAGAGAAACCUUACAAAUGUACAGAGUGUGGCAAGUCUUUUACCCAGCACUCACAUCUUCAAAGACACUGCAGAAUCCAUACAGGAGAGAAACCUUACAAAUGCAAAGAAUGUGGCAAGUCUUUUGCCGAGGGCUCAUCUCUCCAAAAACACCAUAGAAUCCAUUCAUAAGAGAACCUUUACAGAUGGAAAGAAUGUUUGAAAUUUAUUUAUUACCCGAUUUGCAGAUCUUAAUGAUCAUCCUGGAAUCCAUAUUGGAAAUAAACUUUACAAAUGUAAAGAAUGUUUUGAAUACAUCACCACAGGCUGUAAAUUUAGAACACAUAAAAUUUAAGCAUGAGACAUCUGACACAUUGUUCACCCAAGGAAAAAAUGUUCUUUAAAAUACGAAGUAUGGGUAGAAGCCUUUAACCAAUGUUCAACCCUUACUCAAUAUCAGAGUCACACUAAGAAGCCCUACACUGGUAUGAAUUUGAAAACGUUUUACCCAGAAAUGCAUCUAUAAUUCUCUCUGGUGGUUUGACUGAAAAUGGCCUGUAUAGACAUAUAGGGAGUGAUAUUAUUAGAAGGUGUGGCUGUGUUGGUGUAGGUGGUUUUUUGUUGGAAGAAGUCACUGGGGGUGGAUGUUGAGGUUACACUCUUUCUUACUGCCUCCUUUUACUCCAUGAAAAAACUCUCAUCUCCCUCUCCAGCACUAUGUCUGCCUGUAUACCACCAUGCUUCCCACAUGCAGAUAAUUGACAAAACCUCUAAAACUGUAAGUUUGCCCUGUAAUAUUUUCCUUUAUAGGAGUUACUCUGGUUAUGGUGUCUCUCACAGCAAUAGAAAUCCUAAAUAAAUACGAUAUCCACUAAGCAAUUUCUUUGAAAACAGUUUACAUGUGUACUAAUGUUUCAUACAGAAUUAUUCUGGAAUCAAUUACUAAAAAUGGUAUAGAAGUCAUGUUACACUUGACUAAACUAGUAAUAACUUAAAACCUAAAGACUUGUAACAGUAAUAUUUCUAAUAACCAUCUAAAACCCAGACUGUUGCAUAUUUGUACAUUUCAGUGGAACAGGAUAUUUUAAUUUAUAUGAUAUACCUUUGAUGUAAAGAUUAUUGUAUCGAUUAAAUUUGAGCUUUAAAUGUAUGUUACAGAUUAUGUAUAAUAUUAAAUUAACUUCCUCAUCUCAAUACUAAUAAAUAAAUUAGAGCUUGUAUUUGUUUA